AUGUAUCUUUACUUCAAUGAGAUUAUGUUUUAUUACUUCAAUGCUUGUGUGCAGAAAAUCAUAGAACUGAUAUUUGUUUUAGAUCAGCGAGACAAUGAAUAUUGCACUGUCAAAGGAGUUGUUGAGCACUUUAGCGAAGUAUUCUUUGAACUCGUGCAAGGUGGUCGUGGUCAUUUGGCUAUGAUGAAGAAAAAGGAGUUCACAUCUUUACAUGCAAAAGUCACUGCACUAGAGCAUGAUCUUCAUAAAUCUUGUCAAGAGGCCUCUAAUAAUCAUGAUCUCUGUUGCCAGUUAGAAAAGGAAUAUCAUGUAUCGGGUAUCAUAUUGGUAAUAUUGUUUUGAUUUUCUUACCAUGUUCCAAGUUUAGUGGUUCACUUAGAUUGGGGGUAAUGGCAAAUGGGUUUCUUCAAAGAAGAGGGUUUCCUGAUUAUCUUAUGUGUUCUUUUCUCGACAAGGAAACAUUAUCAUUAAUAUCUUAUGUUUUGUAGGUUAACUUCUUGAAUUGCUGCAUUCAUUAGGGAAAAGAGGGAGGGGCUUGGCUAUUAUGUGCUUGAAAAGCGCAUUUUACGGGACUGGUAAGAGAGUGUGUUUGGUCUGUAAGGAUUUCCUUAUCCAAAACUUGGAUAGCGCAACCCCAUACACCUAGCCCAUUUCAGUUCGAAAGUUAAUUGUGUUUGUAAGUUAGUUUUUCAUUGUGAUUAUUUUUUUAUAUAUGUUAUCUUAUUUAUUUGUUGUGUGUCUA